UAUAUAACAGGCCUGUUUUUGCCAUGCAAUAUGACCAGUAGAUGACAUUUGCUGACACAAGUAUUUAUAGAAGGCUACGUAUGAACCAGGUAUGAAGAGGUAACCAUUUGCAAGCGUUUCCAUUGACAGUGACACACCUCCACUCCAAAAUAUAAUUCCAGUAGACCUCUAUUCAACUCCCCUGUUACCUGACUCCUCGAGCAGUGUUUGGUGACCAUGUUAAGUGAAUGAAACCGUAAAAAUAGACUUGACAACUUGAUCCCUUCUGCCAUCCUCUGAAUUAAGUUAAUAAAUAUGGGAAUCUGUCAGUGCGAAGUAGGUUUAGGCUACAGUGCGUACGAGCAGAUGGACUUCCCACCAAUGACAUUUCGGUUACACACCGACCUGCCCACUUGACUGGAGUUGUGCUUCCUCAUCUAACCUAUCCUGCCGUGCCCUGCGGUGUGUGUGGAUGUCCCGCACCACUGACUAACAGCGGUUUCGGGACGGUCUCUAACAAUGGACUUUGAAACGAAGAUUUAUACCAGAAUCGGUGGAUAUGGACGAUAUAACAGAAUUGUUUCCAUAUUCAGCUGGUUUCCGAACUUUGCUGUGACGCUGAACCUUUUUUGCGACGUUUUUUACACUCUGAUUCCCGGGUCGUACCACUGUAAACCCGACCCGGCUCUUUUACCUUCAGGUUUUCUUUUCAGUAAUUAUUCCAGACAAGGGUAUCUCAAUCUUACCAUACCGUGGGUGAAUGGCUCUGGACUGAGUCACUGUGAACUUUAUAAGUACCCUAGAAACGUCUCCAACUUCAUAGACAGCAUUCCAAAGGAGAUAGUGCCAUGUACGAGAGGAUGGGAGUACGACCAAGCUGCGGCGCUUCAGAGCAACUACGUGACAGAGUGGAACCUAGUGUGUAGAGACUACUGGAAGAUUCCUCUGCAGCACAUCUGCUUCAUGACAGGGUGGAUUGUGGGAUAUGUCCUCCUGGGCACCGUGUGUGACUGGUUGGGUCGUCGACAGGGCUUCCUGCUGUCUGUGUCUCUGUCCGGUCUGUUAGGAGUAGCUGUGUGUCUGUCCAACAGCCCUGUAGUGUUUCUGCUGCUACGCCUGUCUCAGGGCGCCAUGUUGGCAGGGGUCUUCCUCUCCUCUUACCUCGCCAGACUGGAGCUGUGUGAUCCUCCCCAUCGUCUCAUGGUUGAAAUGGUCAGCGGUUUCUUUGCCAUCGCGGCAGAGCUCUUGUUGCCAGGGCUGGCGGUGCUGUGUCGUGAUUGGCCAGUUCUUCAAGCAGUGGCUACCUUGCCACUGCUCCUGCUGCUCUCCUAUUGGUGCUGUCCAUCAGUGUUUCCCGAGAGUCCACGCUGGCUUCUGGCCACAGGUCAGAUCCACCAGGCUAAGAGGUGUCUCCAGAGCUUCUCCAUCAGGAACAGAGUGUGUCUCGGUGAGGACAUCUACCCUGCUGAGAACCUGCUCUCAGAGAUGGAUGCGGAGUACCCAGAUGAUACUCAGCCUUGCUACCACUCAGUCCUGGAGUUGCAUUCCACCCGAGUGAUCUGGAGGAACUGCCUCAUCCUCAGCUUUACUAUGUUCAUAGGCACAGGCAUCCAGUACUGUUUCAUCAGGAACCUUCACAGCUACUCCCAUAACUUCUACUUUAGUUACUUCCUGCGUGUGCUGACUGGAGCUCUGGGAUGUAUCUUCCUCUGCCUGUCCGUCAACCGCUUUGGUCGCCGUGGAAUCCUGCUUCUGUCUGCCAUUAUCACCGGCCUGUCCUCGCUGCUGCUGCUGGCCCUCACACAGUAUCUGCGUGGUGUGCUGGUGUUGUUGCUGUCUGUGCUGGGGCUCCUCUUCUCCCAGGCCCUGGCCAUGCUCAGUGUAUUCUUCGCCAGUGAGGUCAUGCCCACCGUAAUCCGUGGUGGUGGUCUGGGGCUGGUGCUAGCGUCUGGCUGUAUGGGGAUGGCUGCCUCCUCUAUGAUGGAGCUCCAGAACAACAGGGGUUACUUCCUCCACCACGUCAUCUUCGCCUCCUUCGCCGUUCUCUCGGUGCUGUCCAUCAUGCUGCUGCCGGAGAGCAAGCGCAAGCCGCUACCCGACUCCCUGAAGGAUGGAGAGAGCCAGCGACGGCCCCCUCUCUUCCUUUCCCGUGAAGACAACCUGCCCCUGCUCUAUACCCGGCGUGGAGCCUCCGAGUACAACCCUGAUAACUACUCCCGCCUGGUCUCCGCCACCAGGAAGAUGCUCAUCAAAGACAAUUUACCCUAUAAGAUCGUUGUGCCCUCCCAGUCCCCACUGUUGCCUUCCAACAGCGAGGUGCACUGCAUACUGGAGGAAGAAGCACUAAGAGAGGACGUGUCUUAGCAGCCUCUAACUGCCAUCAUCCACCCUCCUCUCCCACAGAGAGACCUCGCCUCAAAUCCACUGAAUAUCUCUCCCCACCACACUGAGACAGUGUGAUCCAGACUCGUAUCGCUAUGAACGACGGGUCUUCUUGGAUAUUUUGAAGGGGAGGAGAGUUAGAGAUGUGUGUAUUUGCUGUGUCAGUGUUCUGUUGUUGUUGUGCCAAAUGUUUCAAAUAAUACAAAAAAAUGAUGUGUGUGCUUGCACAGACUGAAAAACUGUGUGCUAGUCCUUUGUUUUUGUACUGAUGGAGAUCUGCUGUUUCUAAGACAGUGUUAACACCCUCUCUUCUCCGGGUUGUGCAGCAAGGACCUAUGACUUUAUUAACCACUAAGCCUAAAGGCUCACUUGAGAAGCGUUGCUUGUCCAUUUAACUGGUGACUUGUGCUUUUCAUUACUGCAGAGCGAAAGAGCGAGAGCAGGGCCCUGACUGUUACUUAAUCUGAUUCAAUGGGGACUCAACAAGGGGAACUCAACAGAUAGAAGUCCAUUUGGCUCACACUGGAAUGUGUUGUAGCCAAUUGUUUGAUUUUGGCGGGGAACUCUAUGAAGUAUCAGUCACUGAUAAUAUCGCCGAAGCUAUGACCUUGGCAAUGAAAAGUCAUGCCAUCCUGUCCACUUGUUGAACAUGUGGUGUUGUCACAUGAUGAUUUGCACCCGGAACAGAGUUUUGAGAUAAAGAGUUGUUUUAGAUGAUUGAAAUGUGAUUAGGUCAUGACCUCUACUCUGAGUCAUUAUAAACGGGUUGGCUCGAGCCCUGAAUGCUGACAGCUGUGGUAUAUCAGACAAUAUACCACGGGUAUGACAAAACAUGUAUUUUUACUAACCUAUUAAUAAUAGCAAUAAGGCACCUCCCCUUAUUACUUAAUUAUAACCUUUCAAGUGCGACUUUACCUUAUAUUGGUUGUCACAUCCAUCUCUCUGCCUUAAACUGUGAGCUUCCCUGUUAAAAAAAGGCAGUUGCUAGGACAUGAUACUUAACAUUCUAUGCAAUUUAACUGAAAAUACAUUUGAUCAACUAUUAAACCACUUUUCACUGCC